GCGCAUUUUCAGUAAUAGGUGAUUGGAGGUCUCCGAAUAUUACACUGAUUAUUGGUUCCCGUGUUUUAAAUAACUUUGUCGCGGCUAAUCUGUUUAUGAAGUUAAAUUUUAAAUUAAUUAUUUUUUUCAAACAAGGCAUACAAUUUUUUUUCUAUAUUACGACGUCCGUACUUGAGAAUUGUGAUUAUACAAAAUGUCGGUUUGCUUCUUCGUUCCAGCAGAUCAUACUGGCUCUGAAGACCAAGAGACAGAGUGUAUAUCCGAAGACACCUCUUCUUCGGAGAACAUACAAACCACUCUUCAAAACUUUUGGGCUAAGGUCAAUGAUGAUGUCAAGAGGGUUUCAGCUGAGGACUUCAAAACUCAAGUUCUACCAUUGGCUCGGAUAAAGAAAAUAAUGAAGCUUGAUGAAGAAGUAAAGAUGAUAUCAGCGGAAGCCCCGGUACUAUUUGCGAAAGCUGCUGAGAUAUUUAUACAUGAGUUGACUCUACGGGCUUGGUCACACACUGAAGAUAAUAAAAGGAGGACAUUGCAGCGCAAUGACAUAGCUAUGGCAAUAUCUAGGUCAGAUCAGUUUGACUUCUUGAUUGACAUAGUACCAAGACAAGAGGUGAAGUUUAACAAACCAAGAGAGGAAACACCCAAAGCAGUUGAUCCACAGUGUAUCCAACAACAGCAGACAGUGGUGCAAAACAGCAGUCAGUUGGUGACACAACCCGCACAGUGCGCUCAAGUCAUUCAGCAGCCAGCACAGACCAGUGCAUCGUCGACUGCGAGCCAGAGCCCGGUCACCUUGCUGCAUCAAGUGGUCACUUCAUCUGGCGAGGUGCAGAACAUGCCGAUAAUGUUGACCCAGGCUCAGCUGAACAUGAUAAGGUUGCAAGUACAAAACAAUCCCAACACGCCAAUCAUCAUACAGGCGAGCCCACAGAACCAGAACUCACAGGGACCCCAGAUUAUACAGGUAUCGUCUCAAGCGCCCCACCAUCAACAACAGAUAUACAUAGCACAAGUCCCAUCACAAGACGAGACAUAGAAUCCGGCGUGCAGUGAAAAGUAACAUAUUUAUGUGUGAAGUUCAAACUAUAUUCACAAAACACCUAAAAGUGUGUGUAGUCCGUUUCCGGAUGUUUUAGUACCUAUAUCUGUGUACGUGUGAAUAAUAUUGAAGUGUUAACUGUAAUAUUAAAUAAUACCGUUUUGCUAAAUGAAAUCUUUUACAUGGGAUAUAUACCAAAAUACAAAUCGAAAUGGUGAUGCUGGGAACUGUUAUGUCAUCUGGAGGGCAUAUGGCUCUGCUGGGGGUUACUUUACUGGUUCCGAAGGCCGCGGGCUUACUCGAUACGGCUAAGUUCCAUCGUAUUCUAUCGACGACAAGUGGCACUCUUAUCAUUCACGGGCGGCUCCCUGAUUGGUUGCUUGAUCACUGUUGUUGCAGUUUGAUGCAGCAACAGAAAAGAUUUUAUGUCUAUCGCUGUGUGACCCGAUUGAUAUCCGAAUUGUAAUUGUAAGGAGUAACUUUGGGUUAAUUCAUAUAUAGUCUGACUAAAAAUUUCGAAGUCAUGCUGGAUGCUGUUUGGUUUUUAAUAAGGCAUUUGAUUCCCUAUCUCUCAGCUACAUAUUAUAUAAAUCCUUCAUUUAUCUAGAAAUUGAGAAGGAUUUAAAUACUCCGCCAAAACACAAAUGGAAAGAAACCUAUAAUCUAAAAAUAUACUACAACUGCAAGGGAUUUUUAAAACUAAAAAAAGAGUCAACCAAGGAGCUUCUCUGACACCUAAGUUCUUCUUGAAUGAGGUCGAGGAAGAUACGUAAAUGGGUGCUAGAUAUUAAACCACAGAUUUGCAGAUGACCCGAUGCUGUUUGAUGACCUAUAUACUAAACGCUAAAAUAGAGAGCUACAAGCAGAUCUCACAGUAAAAAUAUCCAAAACAAAGGCUGGAUAAAAAUACAAAAUGAUCAACUAAAAUAUACAAUUUGUGGAUAAUAUGUAUAUUUAGUACAAACAAGGAAUUUUGUGCUAAAUAUACAUAAAACAAACUCAAGAUGGAUGAACUAGUGCAAUACGGAGUUAAAUUAAUUAAUGCUACCUGGGCUCGGUCAAUAAAAACCAUACCCCAUUGGUCCUGUAGUGCAGAGUUCACAAUGAAUUUAAUUGGAAUAGCGGACGUGAAACUACGCGUAAGUAAUAUGAUAAAAUUAAACUGCGGAAUCUCUUUUUGUAUGAAAAAAUGAGACAAGACGAACUCUUCCACGACAUGGAACGAUACCACUGCAUUUUUUAUCAGUAAAAGAAACAUAUUUUUGAUAUGUUUUACUAAAUAAACUGUAUAACAAAAUACUAAUUUAUAAUAGUAUUAUUUAUGUGAGUCACUGUGAGAUCUUUAAUUUGUUCGUAUUGCCGUCAUUUUACUCCCCAUUGCUGCACAAGUCCCCCAAUAUCUGAAGCGUUGUAAUUGUACAUAGCAGUAUAAUGUAUGAAUAUAGGGCAAUAGUUGUCCCGUAUGUAAUAAGCAUUAAUAACACUUGUAUAACCUUCCUAUAUAGUUUUAUGUGUCUCACAGAAAAUAAAGAUGAUAAAAUGACGCUAGAUUGGAUGCGUGAUCAUGUUUAAAAAAUGAAUCAAAGAGGUUACAUAUUGGUGUCCCAUAAAUGAAGAUAGAAUAACCCCUUAUUCUACACAGAAGAUUGGAGGAUGAUCUUCCAUAAAGAACCUGCAGAAUAUCCAGAGAUAACCCAUGACGAUGAUUUUGAAACUAGAGCUGGUUUUAUCAGUGAUUUAGAAUUAAGUGAAUUUAAAAAAUGUUUGUAAAAAUAUUAGUUACGUUACGAUUAGUGACUACAGGCUAUAUUUAUUUAAUGAAAUUUUUUACAAAUAAACCAUUAACAUAUAAGUAGGUUCAAAAAUUUGUUAUAUUAUACAAUAAAUAAGAGGAGACGAAACAC